UCCUGCCUCACCAACGCCAGUCGCCCAGCCUUGGCACCCUGCCGCAGCAGCGUUGCCCUCAGCUCCGCGGCUCCUGCGCUGACUAUUAAAAAGCAGCAACAAGAUGUGUUAGGCUUCUUGGAAGCCAACAAAAUCGAAUUUGAGGAAAAGGAUAUCGCCGCCAAUGAGGAGAAUCGGAAAUGGAUGCGCGAGAACGUCCCUGAAGACAGCCGGCCAGCGAGUGGGAACCCCCUGCCGCCCCGGCUCUUCAACGACAGCCGGUACCUCGGGGACUACGAAGCUUUCUUUGAAGCUCGGGAGAACAACGCGGUGUACGCGUUUUUAGGCUUGACUGCGCCACCUGGUUCAAAGGAAGCUGAAGCACUGGCAAAGCAGCAAGCAUGAAUCUCAACUGCCUUAAAUGUUCUGUAAAGGGAAUUUCCACAGCUUUUUAUAAAAUAGUACAAUUGUCUCUGCUUCAAGAAAUGUAGAUGUGAUUUCUAACGUUUGAUUGGUGCUUGCAGCAUUCACCGUACAUAAUCCAAAUCUGAACCCACGAGGAAAAUGUGAACAAAAAGGUAGAGAGCACGGAGUGU